AGAUAAUAUGUCACGGUACCUACAUACAAUGGCCGGGCAGCCAGUGAAUGUGCGUUGCCUCGGGACCCUGCAGUAGUAGCUGUUCCUCCCUGCGUCCGGCUCGCUUCGAGAAGGCCGAUUCCAUCCCCUAAAUAGGCCGAUUGCCCUGCAUUUCAGUUCCUCACGUGUCUCCUCUUUCCACCAUUCGGUAACUGGGCACGAGGACUACCUUUACCUAGGCGGUGGGAAACGGCUCGUAGGCUGUUGUUCACUCUUUUGGAGCUUCUGGUGGCGCCGUCCGAAUUACCUUAGUGGUCAUUGUUGUUAUUGUUCUAGGCUUCUUCCCCGCGCCCCCGUCGUCAUUGCACUUAGAUGACCGCACUCCCACCCGGCCAUUGUGCAUUGUUGCUGCCGCUCUUACAUUCGCUUCCUGCCCGAACUCCUCGCAUCAACUCCAACCACGGAUCGCUGCUCUAAAGGGUCCGAGAUCAAUAUGGCUACUACCAUAGCCGAGGACGUACCACGUGUGCCGGUUGAGCCCUUUUCCCCCGAGGACUUUGAGACGGCGUCAAUCCGCUCAGCUGCUCCGUCGUAUACAUCUGACGCCCCCUCCUAUCACUCCACCAACCCACACCCUGACCCUCUCCCUCCUCCAUACUCGCCACCACCGCGCUCGACCCCUUCGGCAGCAGCGCGCGCCCACCCAGGCAGCGUGUCUUCGCUGCUCGAACCCGCCAACAACACCAACGAUCCGGCCCCUCGCCGGUACGGCCUCCCCCCCGUGCCAAGCGGGCCCCCACGCCAGCAUUCGGACAUCCCCUCCUUCUCGCAGUUCCGCAUUCCGCCCUGGUCGACCGCCAGCUCCAGCUCGGCGAACCCCACGGCCCGCAUCUACCAGAACGUGGCGCUGCGCCGGGCCAGCGCGGCCAACCGGUCGACGGCCGACCUGGACGGCCUGAUGCGGAGGGUCAUGCUGGAGCGGAUCGAGGAGGAGGAGCGGAACCGGGUCCGGCUGCUGGAGGAUCCCUACCUGGUCGGCGAGGAGGCGGCGGCGCGGGCGCGGGCGGACAGGGUGGCGCGAGAGUCGUCGCCCGGGAACGGUGAUGAGAUUCUGAUUCGGGAGGAUCGGAGGUGGGACCGGUUUCUGGCCCAGAUGAAGGACCGGGAAGAGCGAGAGCGAAGCUGGAAACGGUUCCGGCGCGAGGCAGACAAGCGGUCGAACAGCAGGCUUGCCUUCCGCAUCGGCGCGAGAUUUUAAGGGGCGGUUAUUCCUUCCAGGUUGUGUGUCUCCUUGGGCUUUUCGGCGUUGUCCUUUUCGCAUGGCAUUGCGAGCUGCUGUGCUCUGGUUGCUUUUCAUUCCAUUCCUCUUUCCAUCCUUGCCCUCCUUUUUCUCCGCCUUCAGGGGGUUCAAAUUCGACCUUUUGCAUUGGGCGGGAAUCCGUCGGGCGUUGCAUUGGUGUUAAAGGAUUGGAGGCACUGGCUUUGGCAGAUUGCCCGGUUAGUAGUGUAGGUUGGCCUCGGUUUCAAUGUCUGAAUCCAUGAUUGGUCGGAUUUGGUAAAGAUCGAUGAACAACGUUAGCAAGACAUCACCUUGA